AUUGGCGGAGGCGGCUGUCGCUCUGGAGGCUGCUCGGUUUGACACCUCGCUCAGCCACGUUGGCGGGGCUGGUUCCCCGGGAGCAGUGCGGAAGGUGAGGGUCGGCGAGGUGUUCCGGAUCGCUGUCACAAAGGGAUACAGCCAUGAGUGUCGGAUUCAUUGGAGCGGGCCAGUUAGCCUUUGCUCUGGCCCGGGGAUUCACGGCUGCAGGUGUUUUAGCUGCGCACAAGAUUACAGCAAGUUCACCAGACCAGGAGUUGCCCACUGUCGGAAGUCUGAGGAAGCUUGGUGUCAAUUUUACCUUGAGCAACAAAGAGACCGUUCAAAAGAGCGAUGUACUGUUUCUCGCUGUCAAACCACCCAUUAUCCCUUUCGUACUGGAUGAGAUUGCUCCUGAUAUCGAAGAACGCCACUUAGUUGUGUCCUGUGCUGCUGGAGUCACCAUUAACUCCAUAGAAAAGAAACUGUCCACUGUGCGCGAGUUUCCGAAGGUGAUCCGCUUAAUGACCAACACCCCUGUGAUUGUACGCGAGGGGGCCACAGUGUACGCCACAGGAACGCAUGCAGCAGUCGAAGACGGGCAUCUGCUGGAGCAGCUGAUGGCCAGUGUCGGGUAUUGUGUGGAAGUGGAGGAGGACCUGAUCGAUGCAGUCACUGGACUCAGCGGCAGUGGCCCUGCCUAUGCUUUCACAGCUAUCGAUGCUCUGGCAGACGGUGGAGUGAAGAUGGGCCUCACUCGUAGGCUGGCUGUUCGACUUGGUGCUCAAGCAUUGCUGGGAGCAGCUAAGAUGCUGCUGGAGUCCGAGCAGCACCCUGGGCAGCUGAAGGAUAAUGUGUGUUCACCAGGCGGUGCAACCAUCCAUGCUAUACACUUGCUGGAGAGUGGGGGGUUCCGCAGUCUGCUCAUCAACGCCGUCGAGGCUUCGUGUAUAAGAACGAGGGAGCUGCAGUCCCUGGCUGACCAAGAGACUGUUCCCCCCGCUGCCAUUAAAAAGACCACACUGGACAAGGUGAAACAGACCGCCUCUAAAGCUGGCAUCAGCCUCUUCAACAAUAAAUACCCUGGAAGCAAGACGCACUGAAUACCCAAUGGCAUAUUGAAACUGACUUUUGGAGUUGGAUGGGCAGGCGAGAGCGAAACAUGAAUGGUGUUAUCAAGUGUGUUAAAUGAAGAUUAGUGGCUUUGUUUCUUUUUGUAACCACAAUGUACUUGUUCUGAAUCUGGAGUUUGUUGCAAUUAUAAUAGGAAGGUAAGAACACAUAUUUAAUGUGUCCUGUUAAGACCAACAGUUAAUAUGUGUGCUGUAUAUGUACAAAAUAACAUUGGAUGUAUUUCUAUGGCAGUCGGAGUUGCACCUUUCUUUCCCCUUCCUGACUUAUUGUGCCUGAAUGCGUGAAACCAAUCGACUCCUUUUGUGAAUUUCCCUGGUGUAACAGCCCGACAAACAAUUCUUUAGCACUGUCCCCUGCUUUCUGUCCUUUAGCUGUUUUCACUUCCGUGCUACCACAGGGGCCUUUUAAUCCCGGGGGCUUCAAAUCUGCUAACAAGUCGAGUAUGUGACACUUCACCGAAUGCCCUUUGAAAGUCCCAGUACACAAAAUCAACCCCAAUCCCUUCAUCACCCCUCUCCGUUAUAUUAUCAAAGAUUGGAAUCAAAUUUCCCAGCCGCAGUUUUGCCUUUGAUGGUUCUCUCUGCUAAAGGCAAACUGCAUCACGCAAACUUGAUUCAGUUCUUCAGUUCACAAAUGGGCUGUCAUUUGUGAACAUGUUUUUCCAAGUGAAAAUUAAUUUGUGUUCUGGCAUUCAUUUUUAUCCUGGGACUGAACUAAAAUAUCUCUGCACUGGAAAUUUCUCCGAAAAUGACAGUGGUAUUUAUGUAGAUGAGUAAUGAUGCAGUAGUGUUUCAUGUAACUUCGACUUAUUUUAAGAUGAAACAUGAUCUCAGGUUGACUUUAUAGCUUUCCUGUGUACCAUUGGCUGGGAAUGCCUAAGCUUUAAUCCUCAAAGGCCUGUUAGAGAUUUGCAGUAGAGGUUUAUGGGCCACAUAUGAAGUUCGAAUUAAUGUUCCCAUUAAUUACAUUGAUCUCAAUUAAGCUCUGGGUGCACGCUGUUCGCCCCCUCUGGAGAAAAGUCUGCUGGAAGCCUGCCCCACAGCCAUAACACACUGUGGCCAGGCUAAACUGUUUAACAAUGGAACUCCCACCCCUCAGUGGCAGGAAGUCCCACCCUCGGGAGCUGCCAGCCAAUCUGAUUGGCCGGCAGCUCCAUCAGUCCAGGCAGCACCAGAGCUCAGUUCGUGGGCACUGCCAGGCUUGUUGGAAGUAGCAUGAGGUAGACCAUGGCUACCCAGGAUAGAUAGGUCCUCGCGGUUUUAGGGUGGGGAGAGGUCCUAGAGCUCAGGGAGCGGGGUUGGGGGCCAGGUUUUGUAGGGCUGGCAGCUUAGAAGGAAAUGGAGGUGGGGUGAGAGUGACCCCCCCCCCGACCCCCCCACCACCACCACCACCACCACCAACUUCCCUCCUGCCUUUUCUCCUAUAGGCUUUAACCUUAUAUUGGUGCGUGGAGGUUUUUAUUCUACCUGCUAACAAGCCUAAUAACCUUUUAAUUAUUCAUUUCAAUAUGGCAGGUGGGCUGCUGAUUUCGGUGUAUUAUGGGGACUGGGUCAGGGGUGGGCAGGGAGCUGGUGGGCUAACCACCCAGCCUGUUUUACAUUCCUCCCCCAGCGAAAACACACCUGCUGGGGGCAUGUAAAAUCCAGCCUCAGAAAGUUAAACAGGAUCAACCAGCUGUUAAUAUAACAUAAAACAUUCAUUAAUAGAAGUGUAAAAUGAAUUGCCUGGACUUCCUUGGUCAGAUUUUCAGGGCUUAAAAUGCUUUGGUUUCAAUACUCUUGCCAUAAACUCACUCCUGAAAGCCCUUCAAUGUAAAAAAAAACACCCAUUGGGGGGGAGGCGGAACUCAAAAUAUUUUAUCAAUGGAGAUACGGCUGCUAAGGCAGACAAAACAACGUUAGGUUUUGAGAAAGAGAUGCUUCAAAGGGAAAUCUGGCACAUUGUUUGGUGAUUGCUCUGCGCAGGAACCCAAGAACCUGCUUCCCCUUUUGCCAUGGAUUUAUGGUCCAAUGAGUUAGGUUAAGUUCCAUUCAUCAGGAUAUGUUGCUAAAUGGGAUCCUAAAGAUUGCAUUCAGCCACAGAAAGGUUGAGUGGCCAAUUGAAAAUAAGGAAAACCUUCCCUCAGCCAAAGUAGACACAGGAAUAACUUCCUGAUUUUUUUUUUGAGUAAGGAGUAAAGUGGAGGUGGAGAAGAGGGAUGUGGAGGGCCUGUUUUUUGGGGGAAGGGAACUUUACCCUUCAAUUCUCAACAAAUGGGUUCCUUGGAGAAACGAGAAAAAGAUUAAUCAAGGCAUACAUUUAAUCAUGUAAGAUGAAGCACAUCUUUUCGGAAGUUAAUUUCUGCUAAGUUUUAUUACAGCUCCUUUUAAGCAGAUGUCCAGCCUGGAGCUCUUUAGAAAAUUGAACUAACUUCAGGAAUCACAAAACUAUUGAUUUCUUCUUAUCAGAGAAAAGAGUGAGCAUAUUCAAUAAGAGAUAAGAAAUAUGAACUUUUUUUGAUAUAGAAUAAUAAUCUUGCAUAUCCCUGGCAGCAGGACUAUUAUCUGUUCUGAUAUUCUGCUUACUUUAGCUGUAACCCAUAAAUUUCAGAUGUAUAGUGUUUUAUUAACACUCAAAAUCAGUGAUGCGGUGAGCAUAUUUAUAUGUACAUUUUACAUGCAGAGCCACAUACCCAACUUACAGCCCAGAGCAAAAGAAAAUUAGAUACUUUGGUCUGGUGAAUGCUGUGAAUUCCUGGGAGUGAUACAUAUUUGUGUUCUUGUAAUAGUUGACUUAAAAUAAUGAGGUCUGUACACUUAUGUUCUAGUGAUCAGUGCAAAAUACUGUAAAUAUCCUCCGAGUUAACACUCUAAGCUGGAGGAUUUAUUUAAGUAAAGGACAGACUUGCAGAUCAACAGUUACUUGGUGAAAUUCACUAAAUUUUAGAAAGAGACGUUGUGAUAGUACCUUCUAGUUUAUUACCACUUAAAAGCAUGGCUUUAUUUGCUUUUUAAAAAAAAUGUUACUGCUUAUCCAGCAUACAACAUCUACCCUACUAUGGUUAAAGGUAUUUGCUGAAUAGGGAUAAAAGAAAGAGCUGCAGAUUAAUUUGUCAGAGACGGACUCUGUGAUGUUAGUAUUGAAUCAUGGUGUGUUUGUGCCAGCAAUUAACAUGAUGUCAAAGAGUUCAUGUUUGCCAAUCUAUGUCUUUCUAUUUAACUGCUUCUGAUUGAGGCUAAUUUUCUAAUUAUCUGCAUUUGUUAAAUUGGACUUUGCACAGUAAGUAUGUUUCCCAUAUACCCAAAAAGACAAAUAAUCCUGUGAGAGACUGACAUUCCUUGGUGGCAGUUCUGUGGCAAGGUGCGAGCUUGUGCUUUUUCAGGUAGUUUACAAUUCAAGCAGCAAAAAUAUUUUUGGAGGGCUUAUAUUCUUAUUUUUAAUAGCACAGAGGAAUCUGCAUUUGUGCAAUUCUGUGGGUCAAGUUUCUAUCGACAUGCAUGACUAGACAAUCACCUUUUAACUUAAACUUUCCUUCUUAAUCCUCAUCACCUUUUAUACAUCUUUUAAAUUUCCAAAACAGCUGCAAACUGCAUCUGCUGAGGAGAUUGGACCAGUUAAACCUGGAUCUUUGGCUUCAGACUUGUGGGAAACUGAAGAGCAGUGAGCCCAUGUGUUGGAUAGUGCCAUAGUGCCUUAAUCAGGUGCAUUUGAGGAAUGGGGUGAAUUUUUCCUUACUGCUAUGUAUUUGGGUAUACACACACGCAUGCGCGCGCACACACACACACACACACACACUAGCAGGACUAUGCUUUUAUUAAAGUCAAUAUAAAGCAAUGAACUUAAAGCGCUUUGUAACUUUAGAUGGUAGUGUACAGCUGAGUCAUGGAACUUGUAUUCAUGUGAAUUCAACAUUUUUUAGUAGUAAUAAAAAAAGACUUUUUAAAACCCAGAAGUAAAAUCUAUAUGUUCCACAAAGAAAGCAUAGCACUCAAGCCACAACAUACUAAAGCUGAGUUUUGCAUCUCAUUUAGCCCAUAAUGAGGCUAGAACAUCACUGUACAUAUCAGGGAUGUUUUCUUCUGGUUUCAAACUGCAGUGAGAGGACGGGUCUGGCACUGACUUAGUCUCACUUAAGAGACUUAAGCACAGAAAUCUAGAUUGACACUCUCGUGGAGCACUGAAGGAGUGAGUGCUGCUGUGUUGGUGGUGCCCUUUUUUUGGAUGGAAAGUUAAACCAAGGCCCUCUCUGCUUUCUCAGGCAGGUGUGAAAGAUCACAUGGCACCAUUUUGAACAGGGUCAUGGGAGAUAUCUCUGACAUCCUGGUCCAUAUUUAUUCCUCCAGAAACAUCAGUAAAACACAUUAUCUGGUCAUUAUUAUGUUGCUUUUUGUGGAAUAUUGCUGUAUGCAAAUCAGCAGCCCGUGUCCAACAUUACAACAGUGAAUUUAUUUUAAAAUAGGGUGUAAGGUGGUUUGGGAGAUCCUGACAUCAUGAAAGGUGCUAUAGAAAUGCAAGUUUUCCUUUUAAAAUGCCUUGUGCUUAGACUCACUGGUGUAGUGUGAAAGAUCUUAGCCAUUGAAGGAUUGACCACAAUUAUAAUCUUGCCUUUAUUGAAUGGGACUGAAGACCACUUCAUUGAGAAGAAUGAUGAGACUUCUAAAACAAAUACAAAAAUACCUGGAAAAACUCAGCAAGCCUGACAGUGUUGUUUCAAAUAAAAUGGAACUUAAAAGUGUGUAGUAAGAGGGUGGGAAGAGAAUGAGGAACCAAAACACAAUUGGAUCAGAGCAAUUAAAAAAAUAACCAGUACAUAUCUAGGAAAUAUUCAUUUUAACAGAAUAGCCAAAGCAACUUGCAUUGAUAUAGAUUUUUCUUAAUGUACUAAAAAUGUCCCAAUGAAUUUCACAAACAUUAUCAAACAAAAUUUGACACUGAGCCACAUAAGGGGCAGGGAUUUUUUGGAUGACAAGGUUUCCUGCCCCCAGCACCCGAAGAGGGGACAUGCUAUUCGCCUGAACACAGCAGCCCUACAGCCAUUCGACGCUCUGAUAAAUAUUAAUUGGCCGGAGUGGGGGCUUGUGCUGAAGUGAUCAAACUGAACUGAGGUGUUAUUGUUGGUUGGUUGAAAAGGAUCUGGAAAGCCACACAUCAGGACAGUCAUGACACGAGGGAGAGAGGGUUUGUAGAAGUGUGCCUUGCCCUCGAUAAUUAUACCCAUGAAACUCUAAGGUGAAAGCUGUUGUUGGGUAUCCCCUGACCAACCCUUCAUGAAUAAAGAACAGUAUAUUAUGGAACUGUGCAGCCAUAUAUAUAGUGCCACAUUGUGUGGGGAGUGAUGUGAAAGCACGUGGUUGCAUAAGGCUUUGUUGGAUUGACUAUUCAAAAUUAAGUUUACCUUUAUAUUGAAGUAUAAUUUGCCUGUUAGUUAAUGUGUAAUUUGUUUCGCUUCUGACUCGUGUUAAAGUAAAGUCUGUAAAAAGUGGAUUCUAAUUGUUAACUUUUUCAUUUGGGGAACACUCAGUAAAUUUGUUUAUUUUGUUUCACAGUUUCCCUGGGGGUGUGUAACAAAGGGAAUACCAGAGCUUAGGGCAUAGGCAGCUGAAGGCGUGAUUGCCAAUGAUGGAGCUUUGAAAAUACGAUGAAAAGGAAUGCACAAGAGAGCAGAAUUGGAUAUCAACUUUAUCUUUUUUUUUAAAGUGUUUUGAGUAACUGGUCCAACUGCUUUCCCUUCCUCCUUCGGCUUUGUUCCUGACCCUUCAGUUGUCUCCAAAACUUCAGUGCUAAGUACAUAGUGCACAAAUCCAGCCUGAUAAGUUAAGCUCUCAUAGAUUCUACCUAAUUAUUUUUGAUACCUACAGUAUACAUUACUGGUUCAAACAAAAGCUUACCGACCAGAAACAACUGUUUCUCUCUCCACAGAUCUGCCUGACCUGCUGAGUAUUGUUUAUACUUAUGAUUUACAUUGGUUUAUCUCCUCACAAACACUUGCAUACUUUUAUAUAGUUUCUGCAACUUAAAACGUUUAAGCUUCCUGAUGGUUAAUACAUCAAUGUUUUAUUUAUGUGCUAUCCAUUUUGAAUUGAAGGAAGACAGCAUGUAUACAAUAUAAGGCAGGAAUAUAUAAAUCUGUUUUUCUAAAGUG